AUGGGCAAUGUGUUUCUCGUGGUGGACCCCUCCAAGCAGGGCAUGCUGGGCGUCAAGGUCGAACCGUCCCCCUUCACAGGAAUGGGCGAGUGGGUGGGGAAGCAGCGACAGCAGCUGCAAGGGUCGAGCCCUCUCCCUUCACAGGGAUGGGGGCGAGGAGUGGCUGGGGCAGCAGCGACAGCAGCUGUCAGGGUGAGUGGUUGGGACGGCUGGGGUGUGGUUGGUGGGAGAUUCGCGGAUCCCUCUAACAGGGGCAUGCUGGGACGGAAGGGUGUGCUACCCCCCUCUCCCUCCCCCAACCGUUUUUUUUGCCUCUCCCCCUCCCUCCCACCCCCACACUCCCCCCUUACCUGA